GACAUGUCGUUCAAUGCUGUUCUAUUCGCAGUUUUCUUCAUCUUAGCGUAUAAAGGCUAUCAAACUAACGCACAAGUCAACAGGAAAGGCAAUUUUGUCUUUGGUAAUUAUCAAAAAAUGCAAGUUGACAAAAUCUUUGAAAAGAAUGGAACUUCCUUAAGUAAUUUCACGACCCAAGACGAAAGUGAUUGUUUGCUUGAAUGUGUGAAACAAGAGCAAUGUCUCUCCAUCAACUUGUWCUUUAAUGGACCAAGUCAGAUACAAUGUGAGCUUCUGAAUUGGGGAGGAACGGCUUUUCACAGAUAUCUGAAACCAAGAGCAAACUCUUACAGCAUGAGGUUAUUGACCGCAGCUUGCUGGCCAAACCCUUGUAAGAACGGUGGAGAAUGCAUAGCAAACAUCGGAGGACAGCCAUACAUGUGCAACUGCAGUAAGAACUUCACAGGAAAGAAUUGUGAAAAAGCAGGGUGCGUCCUUUUCGACUUUGAAAAUGGCAUAGCUGACUGGACUCUUACAGGAACAGCCUUCAAUAACCAACCAACGUACGGUGACAACAGCCUGGUUCGAAGCGCCAUAGCCUCAAACCUCAGAGGCGAAUGGUGGAUAGGUACAUUUGAAAACCGACCCAGUCCCUCUCAUUCAGCUGGCUCUACUCAAAAAGAUCCACCUACAGGUACCAUGACGUCACCCCCCUUUAUCAUCCGAGGUAUGAAGAUUAAGUUUCUGAUUGGAGGAGGAUCUGACAUCGAGCUCCUGAUUGGUGGAAAUGUCGUUGCGAAAGCCACUUCAUUGACCACCUCUGCAACAAAUAGUGAAACCAUGAGACCAAGUUCUUUUGAUGUUGCAAAAUACCAKGGCAACGUGGCUAAGAUAAGGAUUGUGGACGGGGGCAGUGGAUCAUGGGAACAUAUCAAUGUUGAUCAUAUUGAGGACAGUAUUUGCUCUGAAUGAAAAAAAAAACGAUGCAUGAGAUUUUAUCAUUUUAGUUUAGUAUGUUUUAUCUUUUUGUUAAUUUUUUUGUGUAUGUUUAUGUAUUUUAGUUGUUAUCCUGCGGGUCAGAGGCUCUCUCGCUUCUCUGUCGGUAUCGCACGCGACAAAGCAAAAUGUACGACGAGGAACCAU